AUGGACCAUGUGGAGAAUUACAGGGGACACAAAGGCAGCUACGUCUCGGGGCAAUUCCCAGGCAUCUACAUCACAGAAGAGUCCAACCUGCAGCAUGGAGGACUUGUGAAAAACUGCCAAGUUGGCAAUGGUCAUAUCAAGCCUGGAGAAGACAGCCGCACAACAAAACCAGAUGCAGAAACACAAGAGUUUGUAGAAUUGAUCACCUCAGGAAUUGUUAGGAGUCUCAUUAAACUUGGGGGAGGAGGACAUGUAAAUAAACCAAGAUUUUUUUUUUCUUACAGGUUUAUUGACAAGAAGGAAAGGCUAAGCCAGCUUAAGAGCAAGCAAGAAGAAUUUCAGAAAGAAGUACUAAAAGCUAUGGAAGGAAAACGGCUAACAGAUCAGUUGAGAUGGAAAAUAAUGUCGUGCAAGAUGAGGAUUGAGCAGCUGAAACAAACAAUAUGUAAAGGAAAUGAAGAAAUGAAGAAAAAUUCUGAAGGCCUCCUCAAAAACAAGGAAAAGAACCAAAAGCUUUACAGCCGAGCACAGCGGCACCAGGAUAAAAAGGAGAAGAUUCAGCGGCAUAACCGCAAGCUUGGGGACCUGGUGGAGAAGAAAACUGUUGACUUGAGGAGUCACUAUGAGCGGCUGGCAAGACUGCGAAGGUCCCACAUCUUAGAGCUCACCUCUGUCAUCUUCCCAAUGGACGAAGUGAAGACUUCUGUGAGAGAUCCUGCAGACAUGUCUUCAGAGAGUGACAGUGCCAUGACCUCCAGCAUGGUGAGCAAACUUGCUGAGGCCCGGAGGACAACUUACCUCUCCGGAAGAUGGGUCUGUGAUGACCACAAUGGUGACACCAGCAUUAGCAUUACAGGCCCUUGGAUUAGCCUCCCAAACAACGGGGACUACUCUGCCUACUACAAUUGGGUAGAAGAGAAGAAAACAACCCAAGGGCCUGACAUGGAGCAUAACAACCCUGCCUAUACUAUCAGCGCCGCACUGUGUUACGCCACUCAGCUGGUCAGCAUUGUCUCGCACAUACUCGAUGUCAAUCUGCCCAAAAAGCUGUGCAACAGUGAGUUCUGUGGGGAAAACCUCAGCAAACAGAAACUGACUCGUGCAGUGAGGAGGCUGAAUGCAAACAUCCUUUACCUGUGUUCCUCUCAGCAUGUGAAUUUAGAUCAGUUACAACCACUGCAUACACUCAGGAACCUAAUGACCUUGGUCAGCCCACACUCCGAGCACCUAGGCAGGUCAGGACCCUUUGAAGUGCGAGCAGACCUUGAGGAGUCCAUGGAAUUUGUAGACCCGGGAGUUGCUGGAGAAUCAGAUGAGAGUGGAGAUGAGCGUGUGAGCGAUGAGGAGACUGACCUGGGCACAGACUGGGAGAACCUGCCGAGUCCCCGAUUCUGUGACAUCCCAUCCCAGCCAGUGGAAGUCUCCCAGAGCCAGAGCACCCAGGCAUCCCCACCCAUAGCCAGCAGCAGUGCUGGUGGGAUGAUCUCCUCCGCUGCAGCCUCGGUGACCUCCUGGUUCAAAGCGUACACUGGACACCGCUAAUAAGUGUACAACAGAACAUGAAAUCUUUCCCACUGCACUCUAAUAACUUUGUCUGUAGUUACCAGAGGGGCUAACCUAGCAUUAGGACAGCACAUGUGCCUGUUGGUAGCCUGUGAUGGUGAUUGACAUGCUCAGGAUCUUUGCCAGCCUGAGCUUGUGGCCUCCUGGACCCCCGGUCCUACCCCUUACACCCACAGUGUGCUGAUUGCUGGGAUGCGAGAGUCUUUCCGACACAAGUUCUAGAUUUUGUCAGAUCACAAGGAAGUGUUUCUUGGUGGUGAGGAAUGAAAAACAAAAGCUGAGCUUGUUUUUGUCAUCUUUUUAAGAGACUUGCCAGCCACAGCUUUGGUCUUAUGGGGGAGGGAAGGAGGUUAAAAGCUUAUUGCUGUCACCAUAAAUCACAUUCCUGAUUUUCUACCACACACCAAAGAAACCACGGUCUUUAUUCUACAGACCCACACCCAUGAAUGGGGGGAAUCCUAGCUUCGAUGUAUAAAGAUGUCUAAACAGUUUUCUUGUACUCUGAGGGGAAAUAAGUUCAUUUUUGUGUAAGUCAUUGGAGUUACUGUACUGGACUCAUUUUAAAGUGGGACUUUUCCCCUUUGUCAUUCCCUACAUGAGCUAAAUGCUGCCUGGGCACAGUUUGAACACUUGAUUAAGUGGUCAUUCUCUUGCUGUCCAGUUUCUUAGAGGUGGGUGUUAACUAGUAGUUACAAGCAGGAAGCCCCUCCUGCUUGUUUCUCGGGUCUCCGAGGCUCCAGAGGCAGCACCUUGUGCAGCUGUCCCAGGAAAUGCUCAAGGACAAUCUUGCAACUGUAUUAUGUUCAAGCUAGUAAGUAGGUUUUUUUUUAUUUUUAAUAACUUCAAAAGAGAAUGAAAUGAAGUCUUAUGUAACAGAUCACAGAAAUCCUGUGAAAAAGCGGCCUCCCACACCUUCCUAGCGUGGCUGGUGUGAUGGUACCUCGGGCAAGUCCUUCAGCAGUUUGCCCAGCCCUAGCUUCUGGUCCCUGAUGUUAGAGUUGGUACUUUGCAGACUGAGGUGCUAUAGAGCUUCUUCUGUUGGUAGACUUGCAGAAAGGACUUCACUCCUAUGCAGGAGCCACAUGGUCCCUAACUCUAUAUCCUCCACCUCGGGAGGAGACAGCUUCCCUCUUGAAGGUGUUCAUUUGGCUGGAAUCUGUUCCACUCAGCUUCGUAACUGUUGGGCUUGCAUUUUGCCCUCUAGUUCUAGAAUUUGUAGCUAUGUCUGGUGGAAUGAACAGAACCAGCUGGAAAAAAACAUGAGCUUGAGCUGAAGCUACAGAAAGAGUGCAGAGGUCACAACUCGUGUCUACAGCAGUUAACAGAACAGAUGCAGGAAGUGUAGGGUUGAUGGGUUAUUUUGUUUCUAGUAUCAAAUAGAGGCACUUUUGUCACUUUACGUCACAGUAAAUGAUGGCCCUAGGCUGCAGAAAUGCUUUGAGUUUCAUUGUGUUGCACUGGAUCCACGUGUUGUGAAUAGUCUUAAAUACACAUUUCAACCACUGUUUCCCCGUACUCUUUGCUGCUCAAUAAAACCUUUGUUGUAGGUGCCAGAACCAUAUGUAAACAGCUUUAUGAAAAGAUGAAGCUGGUAUUUUUUUAAACCAAAAGCCAUAGAAGUUGGUCAUGUUUUCCAUUUUAAAAUGGUUUAUUGAAGCAAGGUAAUACUAAUAGAAACUCAGAGGCACCACAUAGGCUGCUUUAAGCAGAAUCAUAAAAGACACAUGUAAUUGAAGAGAACCAAGAGUGUAACUUACUGGAGAGUAAGUCACCAUGGUGUGGUGGACAGCAUUGGGCGAGGAUUCGGGUAUGCUUUGGGAAAGGGCUGCAGUGUCACAGUCCCCUCGCUGCUGCUUCUGAGACUUCCAAGUCAGGGUAAGUCACACACGUUUUCUAAACUUUUAUUGUAUUACUGCAAUAAAUCCUUUAACAGUA